AGCACGAUAGCCCACCGGCUUAAAGUGAAGCCCAUUGUCCUGUAUAUGUAUAUGAUAGUUUCUUUAUGGAACAAAACAAAUAUAAGCUUUCCUUUCGAGGGCAGCAGCUUUUUAAGUGACUAAAAUAGGGCUGUCCAGAAUUGGUGAGCAUUCAUUCAUUUAUAUCUGAAUCUCAAAUGGCUGAACCGUCCAACCUCAAGGACGAGGCGAAACGAAGCCUAAUCUUCACCUAUGGCACACUCAAGCGUGGUUUUCACAACCAUACACUAACUCAAGAUCUCAUCUCCCACAAAGACGCUGUUUACGUCGGCGAUUUCGUCACCCAUCAGCCCAUCCCCCUGGUCAUCGGCCCCCACGGCAUCCCUUACAUCAUCAACGACCUUCCUGGAUCGGGUCACCGAAUCAAGGGUGAGCUCUAUGCCGUCACGGGCCCUGGCCUCGCCCGCUUAGAUGAUCUUGAAGGCAUCGCUAUCGGCCACUAUGAGCGCCUUCCGAUUCAGGUGGUGCGAAAUCUUAGCGACGACGACGACGUCGUUUCUGCUGAGGCCUACUUCGCGCACCGAAGCUUUGGGCAUGCCCUGUGGGAGAGAAAUGGGAGAGAGAGUCUGAGUGAGUAUUCGGAGAUUGAGGGGAGAAGGUUGGUGUACAAGCCAGACCAUAGCCGGAGCAUUCUUGAAGACGUUAGCCUUUUUCUGGCCGGAGCAUCCGAUGGGAAGUGAAAAUGGACUGCACUGGGAAGUUUCGGAAUUUGUGUUAGAUAUUAUUAUUAUUAUUAUUUAUUUUAGGGAAAUUUGCGAUCCAUUUUGUUCAUUUUGUUGCUAAUAAGUAGCCAAUUUUUAAAAAUUGCUGCAUUAAUACUCAAAAUUUCAAUUUGUAGAUUCUGCCGUUGGUACCCACUUAACAGAGUUAUUAUUAAGGACACGUGUACUGUUUUGAUAAUUCUUCUUUUUUUUCACCUAAUUAAUUAAGUAAAUAUAUAAAACUAAUUAAAAUAAAAAUUAGUACUCUAAAGUCUUACAGACAGAUGACAUCUGAUAGUAAGUACUCUAAAGUUUCCUCUUGGACUUUUUAUCGGGCUAAAAAUAAAGCUAGACACAUUAUUGAUGGUACUUAUUGUAUUUUCUUAAUUAAUUAAGUGAAAAAAAAGAAGAAUUAUCAGGAUAGUACACGUGUCCUUAAUAGUAACUCUAUUAAGUGGGUACCAACGACAGAGUCUAAAAAGUGGAAUUUUGAGUAUUAAUGCAGCAAUUUUUAAAAAUUGGGUACUUAUUAGCAACAAAAUGAACAAAAUGGGUAUUUAUGCCGUAAUUUUUAAAAAUUGGGUACUUAUUAGCAACAAAAUGAACAAAAUAGGUAUUUAUGCCGCAAAUUUCCCUUUAUUUUAUACAUGUGUAUGGUGUUUAUUUUUAUCUUUUUAUUUUGAUAAAGCUGAAUAAGAGACUGCAAUAAUCCGAAUAAAAAUCACCUGUUUUGUUAAUUCAUUUCUUGGAAAAGUCA